UCGUAUUCGAGCACAUGUCGAAAUCUGUUCCUCUUCAUAAUUACACACACAUCUCUACAUACUUUAUAUAUAUGUAUAUAUAUAUAUUUCUAUAGCAUUCUGUAGCUGAUAAUAAUAAAGACAUCAUGUCUAUUUCUCCAUUUAACUCGAUUGUGGCUGCACCUCAUCAACAGAACGGGAAAUAGAUCUUUAUUUGAUUAUAAAUAGUUUUACUCACAUCAUGAACCCAAAACACCGAAUGAAGGACCAAAAACCCAGCAAUAAGAGCAAGAAAGGGUCGUUGUCUGAGGACACGAUGUCUUAUUAUAAAAGGGCUUACCAAAAUUUCAAACAGGAAACCUGUCAGGAUCCCGAAAACAAAAGUAUUUUUUUGCUCAACGUUCUCCGCCAGCUGAAGACGGAGGUGGUCCCUGUGUGUCAGAACCAAACUGCCAGUCACUAUGUAGAGACAUUCUUGAAGAAUGCUGAACCAAAGCACCUGUUUUAUAUGUGGCAGAUGAUCUGCUCGAAUCGGAUGGAGUUCUGCACCGACCGCUGCACGAGCCACAUCAUGCACAAAACCCUCCUACUGUUGCCUUCCACAUUCGAUGCCGACCCAGCAGAGCUCCAUGACGAAGAGGAGAUCAAGGGUAACGCAGAAGACAACGGUGUCAGUGAUGACGAUGACGAUGGUGAUGGUGAUGGUGAUGGUGGAAAGAGGAAGGGCAAGAAGAAGGCAGGGUCGAAAAAGGGAUCGGCGUCAGCACGGGAAUCGUUUCUACAGUUCUGUGAGUUCCUUGAUGACAACAUUGAGACAUUCAUCACCGAUGUCUACGCCAGUCAUAUUGUCCGUGUGUCACUCCAUAUCUUGGCCAAUAAACCAGUGAAAGAUACAACCACCACCAAGGGACAGAAGUUUCAAAAAGAUGCAAAAGAUUUCCAACUGAAAAUUGCAAAUGAAGACGAGAAUUUCAUUAAAUGGUUUUUUAAAAUAUCGAAACAUAUUUGCGCAUUGGAGAACAUUUACUCAUAUUUCACACACAAAUUAGCCAACCCAGUCAUUCAGGUUUUGGUGCAGCUCACGAUGGAACUGGACCAGGACAUUGGCAGAAAAUUCUGCAGUAGAAUUAUCAAAUUGUGUGGAUUUCUUGACAUUCCCCCCGUUGAUCCAGACACAGCUCUCAUAGAUUCCUCCAGGUUGCCUGAUCUGAUGAUGAAUCCUGUUGCCAGUUACCUUGCUGAGGAGCUGCUACGAAGCUGUUCCAACUCUGCCUACCUGACGUGGUACGAAUGUUCAUUCAAGGACCGGCUGAUAGCUUACGCCGUCAAUGGUGUGUCCAGCUAUGUCCUGCAUCUUGUCAUUGACCGCUGUGUCAACAAAGGCAUGCUGAAGGUGAUCUAUGCUGAGCUGGAACCUUACAUUGAAGACAUCCUGGCCCUUAAUCACAUGGGGAUCAUCAAGAGUUUGGCAAACAUCUGCCAAAAGUUUGGUUGCAAACAGAAGAAAUUUGUUAAUUCCUUAUUGAAUGCGUUUCACUGCUCCGAGGAAGAAAAGAGAAAAGAUUUUGUCCUGCUUUUGUUGGCCAUGAAGACCUACGACAUAUACUUCGAUUCUGACGGUGCUGGCACCAACACUGUAUCAGAAACAGCCGACAACAUCCUGAGCGGAAGCCAGCAUUCAAGUCUCUCCCACCCAAUUGACAUCCACGGAUCAAUGUUAGUCCAGACGUUACUAACGUUCUCCAACCCUCAAAUCAUUGUGUCCAGUUUCCUCAAACUCUCCGCUGAAAUCCUCCUGGAUUUAGCCUGUGACUUUCAAGGGCAGCAUAUAAUGAAACAGUUCUUCGAAAGUGCUUCUGUCUCAGACAAGGACAAAGACGACUUGCUCAAUAUGUUUUAUCCGAUGCUGUUGAGGAUGGCUUGUUCCAAAUUUGGCAGCCGAACAUGUCAGUCGAUGUGGCCCAACUUCAACAUUGAUCAGAGGGUGCGGGUUGCCGGGAUCCUGGCUAAGCAGAGCCUCCACCUACGCCAGCACUGGUAUGGGGCCUUUGUCUUCCACAACUUCCAGCUCCAGUUAUUCAUGAACAGCAACAAGAGGUGGCGGAUGAGUCAGAGCUCGAAGGCAAAGAAGAGGAAGAUCUUUGCUGAUAUCUUAGACAAGAACAAGGCUGUCAUGGUUUCAAAUGAAGAUAAAGAGGAAGAAGAAAUGAAGCAGUGUGAUGAAGAACCAUCUAUAGGAAAGGGUCAACCCAAAAGCAAAAAACUAAAAAGCUCCAAUUCUGGGAAAUGAAAUUAAAACAAAAAUUCUCAUCUUGAAUUAAAUUUAUAUUUUUAAUUAAAA